CACGGCGCGAUUCUGUGCAACUUCGCGAGACAAACCAGGAGCCUCAGCAGCGAAACCCUCGCCAUUCCUACCCCCGUUCCUCCCACACGCUCAGCAGCGCCGCUUUCCCCUCCCUACAGGAUCCGGAAUCUUCUGCAGCUGGAUUACUGUUUUCCUGGGUAGCGUCGUGCCACUUCGCACCCCACUGAGCAGCUUGCGAAACAACGCUCCCCACGUUCCUCUCUCCAAGGAUCAACUGCUCGGACCUCGCGGCGCGCCACGCCAGCAUCCUUGGUUUCACGCAAAGGAUUUUGAUUCUAUCGAACACCCCGCCAAGGCCAGCACCAUGUCGCUCUGCCAGAAUCGACUGCAAGAGGAACGCAAGCAGUGGCGUAAGGACCAUCCCUUCGGCUUCUACGCACGGCCUCAGAAGAACGCACAGGGAGUGCUUGAUCUCAAGAUCUGGGAAUGCGGCAUCCCCGGCAAGGAGAAGACGAUCUGGGAGGGCGGCUUGUUCAAGCUGAUCGUCACGUUUCCCGAUGAGUAUCCCACGAAGCCCCCCAAGUGCAAAUUCGUGCCCCCGCUCUUCCACCCCAAUGUCUAUCCGUCCGGCACCGUUUGCCUGUCGAUCCUGAACGAGGAGGAGGCGUGGAAACCGGCGAUCACGAUCAAGCAGAUCCUUCUCGGCGUGCAGGAUCUCCUCAACGACCCCAACCCGGAGUCGCCGGCCCAGGCGGAGGCGUACAACAUGUACAAGAGAGACCGGGCGCAGUACGAGAGGCGGAUCAAGCAGAUUGUGCGUGAGAAUGCCGCUCCGUGAGAGAAUCCCGGAGCUGGAAGGAGAACUCAAUGUCGGCGGAGGAGAGCAGGAACUGGGAUCUGAUUACGGAGUUCAGGGAUACCAAGGGCGAUGGGCCUGGAAGCAUACGGAGUUUAGACGGCGCUGUUCUUUGGGAGGGCCUUUCUCCGUGGUUACGCAUGUUUCAUUUUGGGGGUUGGGGCUGAAUGAACGGAUUGGACGGCUGGACGGGGUGAGAUCGUCGUGCCCGUUCUGCGGUGUUCCAGAUUACAUAGGACGCUUCGGUCUAUGCAGAUGAACAUUCUCGUCGAGGACCCUCGGUUCGCUUUCCCGUGACCUGCGCCGCGAUGGUUCACCCCACGUAGCCGUCCCCGCAAAGCCCAUCGAUUGGCUUGGCCCCCACUAUUCUGCUGUGGGAUUGGGAUCGCAAAAAGAUAUGCCGAAUUUGCGACGCUGAAUUUGCGAUUUCAACGU